AUGGUGAAAAGAUCGAGAAAAGAGGAAUCGGGUACCAAGUGCCAUCAAGAGACGACAAUUAAAGGUGGGAAUGAAGAUCAGAGUUUGACCCCAGCUGAUACAGUUGAGGGGUUGGAAUCUGCUAAAAAGCCUAAAAUUGAUACAACUACUUCAAGAGAAGUUACCACUAUAGUAGUUAGAAAUAUUCCCCUUAAAUUCAAUUACUUCAAACUUAAACGCUUUUUCCAAGACUGUGGUGGAAUUAGGAGUGUCAACAUUCAGGAAUCCAGUGAUCAAAGGUCCAAAAUCGCUAGAAUUGAGUUUUCCCACUUUGGAAAUGCACUUUCGGCUUUGACCAAAAAUCACAAGAAAAUCGCUGGGAAUGAAAUAUCGGUCGAUCUGCUGGCAGAUUCAACCAUUUGGACGACAAAUUAUCCCCUGGGUUACGGUGAACCUGAACUUAAGCGACUUUUCUCUCAGUUUGGUGGAACCGUCUUGAGUGUUCGUCUUCCGUCGUUACGGUUCAAUUCCCAUCGACGGUUUGCCUAUAUUGACAUGGCGUCCCCUCAAGAAGCAAAUAUUGCGAUCUCACAACUGAACGGUAUCACAAUGGAUUCUUUCCAGCUUGUUGUGGCGAGGUCUAGUCCUGUUGACGCCAAGAAAAGAACAGAUGCAGCUACUUUAGAACGUCGCGAAGUUCUUGUACAAAAUCUGGAUUUUACCAUGAGUGAAAGUGAUCUACGUGACUUGUUCUCGAGAUUUGGUAACAUCGAAAGGAUAACCCUUCCCCAAUCUGGAUCUACCAAUAAUGAUGGUUAUGGAUUCGUGAUUUUUGAAAGUGUUGAAUGUGCAAAACAGGGAUUGAGUCUUGAUCACACUGAGUUUGAAGGUCGCGAACUGCGAGUACAGUUAGCAGACCGGAAAUCUUACCUUGAACGUCAACAAGUUAAGCGGAUUUUGACAUCCAAGAAAUCGCAGGACAAUGUCGUGGCAAUAUACCCGGUCUCGGAUAAAAUUCGAGUCGAACAAAUUCAAAAUUUAAUUACCGAACGAUCAGGACUAUUGCCUUCUGAUAUUGUCAAUUUAUACCUAGUUUCUGAUCUUGAAGGAGCAAUCGUUAUUUUAGAAGACGCCCAGGCGGCAGGAAGAGCAACGAUGGCUUUGAAUGGUGUAACACUGAACAAGACGAUCAUAAACUGUGGUACGGUAAAUGAACUCCAGCGACAGAAAAUGCGCAGAGCAGCUUCAGUUGGCACAGUUCCCAUAAGUAACACUUCCGCAGAGACAUUUGGAAAGAAAGAGACGCCUCUUAAUAAGCAAGGGAUUAUGACAAACCAAGACUUCCGACAAUUGCUGCUACAAAAACCAUCUAAAUAG